AUGGCGGAGGCCGAGCAGGACGGCGUGCCCGGAGCCCCGGAACCGCCGCGGUACCGGGGAGCGCUGCACCCCGACACGUGGGAACAGGAGCUGGAGGCCAUCCCCAUGUUCAUGAAGCGCUGCCCGGCCGAGAUCGACGCGGCUCGGCAGCCCGAGCUCGCCUGCCUGCAGUCGCUGCUGUUCGACGAGGAGCGGAGCCCCGCAGAGCUGGCCAGGAUGUACAAGAACGAAGGGAACGAGUACUUCAAGGAGAAGGACUACGGGAGAGCGGUGGCCGCAUACUCGGAGGGGCUGCGGAGGCGGUGCGGGGACGCGGAGCUGGACGCGGUGCUGCUCACGAACCGAGGGGCUGCACAUUUCCACUUGGGUAACUACCGUUCUGCUCUAAAUGACGCCAUCCAGGCCAAAAAGCUGAAGCCCACUCACCUCAAAGCCAUCAUAAGAGGAGCUCUCUGCCACAUAGAGCUAAAGAAUUUCUUGGAAGCAAUAGCAUGGUGUGAGGAAGGCUUUCAAAUAGACUCAAAUGAGAAAAAGCUUGUGGAAAUAAGAGCUAAAGCUGACAAACUAAAGCGAAUUCAGGAGCGGGAUGCCAGGAAAGCAAAGGUGAUGGAGAGCAAAGAACAGUGUCAGAAGGAAAUCUUGCUUGCAGCAAUUAAGGAAAGAAAUAUCAAACUGGUUCUUGAGCCUUCAGAUGAAGAAGAGGAAGUGUCAGAUGGCCUGGCUGAGAUAUCCUUAGAUGGGUUCCACUCUGGCAGUGCCAUGGGGGCAAAGGUGCACUUAGAUGCUGAUGGCAACCUGAACUGGCCUGUCCUCUUCCUGUACCCUGAGCAUGAGCAGACAGAUUUCACUGUGGCAUUUCAUGAGAACUCCAGGUUUAUUGAUCAUUUAAUGGUGAUGUUUGCUGAAUUACCUCCUUGGGAUUUAGAAAAAAAAUACCUUCCCAACAGUCUUGAGCUCUAUUUUGAAGAUGAAGAAAGAGAAGAAAUGUAUGAGGUGAACCCAGAACACACAUUGCUGCAAGUGCUGCAGCACGAAAGGUAUUUUGUAAAGGCUGGGACCCCGGCGGUUUUGGUAUUUGCCAAGCAUUCUCCUUUCUCUAAGAAAUACUUCUCUGGCAAGAAAGUGCACCGGCUGCAAUGAGCAAGAAGGAAACAAGGAAUCCUGUGCAAGAGGCUGCUGUUUGUUAGCCCAGCUCCAGACUGCAGACUUCUGCUUGAACAAAAAAUACCUUGCACUCUACAGGAGAGGAAAAUAAUCUUGGCACACAGGGAAACUUCCAGGGGAGCAGCAUAGGAGAAGGAAGGGCUAACAUGAGGGGAUUAUUUGUUUAAAAGGGGACCCAGCUGGCUUGCAGAAGGUCUCCUCGAUGAUAGGCUGCAUGUGGUUUUGAAAUAAACCUGAAGCAGUGCCAAACACUGGCUGUGGUUGCACUAUAACAGCAGCUGGGAAUGUACUUCCCUACCUGAGAAGAAUCACAGAUUUGCUCAGA